GGGGCUACCUGGAUAAACUGAUAAUCUAACGAAAGAAUAUUGAUUUGUGAAUUUCUGAUGACCCAGCACGUGGCUACGAUGGGCACCGUAAAAGUUCUGUGCAACGUUGAUAGCACAGCAGCAGCAGCAGCGGCCACAACAACAACAAGAACGCCAGUGACCGUACCGACAGUGUACCGAAACCGAGCUUUCCGGACCGACCAGCACCAGCACCAUUCGGGUGGGGGGCCGCCGGCGGUCGUGGCGAUUGGUGCCCGGUGCAGCAGACAGGAUAAGCGCCGAUAAGCAGCAGACGGCGGUGCGCAGACGCCGACGGCGUAAAAAGGAAGCGGCGGCGGCAGCGGCGGCGACAGCGGCAGCUUCUAGCUUCAUCGGCGGCUGUGGCGGCGGCGGUGGUGGCAGCGGUGGCGGCGGCGGCAACGGCGACCGCUUCGGAGGCGGCGGCAUCGUGUGGUGAAGAGAAGGAAGAGGAAGAGGAAGAGGAGGAGGAGGAGGCGAGUGUUGCAGUGGGUGUGCGGAAACCGGGCACCACCGCCGCCGGCCCCCGGUGAGAUCGGCCGGCCCCCGGCAGCCUUGACUUGACGAACAACAGGAACAGCAACAGGACAGACUGUUCGGCGACUGUUCGCUCGGAAACAAACAAAAAAAAACCACCGAGAGAAAGAGAGAGAAAGAGAGAGGAAGAGAAGCCCGCGAGACCGGCGUGUGAUGGGCCACGACAGGUGGCGCCACCGGCAACACGACAACGACACACACGCACACUAAGCUAUAAGCGGGGCUCCUCCAGCGGCUCGAGGACUCCGCGCGAGGGCCGCGCGACCUACUCUACUAUAUAGCUGGUGCCCUCGGAAGGAGGGAGGAUGGAAGGCACAAUCAACGGGGGGAAGUCCGUGGAGUAGAUAGAGAAAAGAGAGAGAGAUAAAAGAGAGAGAGCGGUCGAGAUAUCUAUUAUCACAUAUUACAACCUUUACCAAGGGAGUUUCGGAUUAAAACGGGUUUUAUCGCUUCCACCCGCAGGAGAGGGAGGAAGGGAAAGAGGCCACGAACGGGGUGAGGGAAGGCAGCCGCCCAGCCGUUGCCGCAGUCGCCACAGUAGCCGUCGCCGCCUCCUCGCUCCUCGUAGGGGUGCCAGAGUGCCACCGCGUGUACAGCAAACCACCCCCACCCCUACCCCUCUUCACCACCACCCCGUGGUUCCUUUCAUUCCCACCCCGCCCCUCGUUCCGGCAGCAGCAGCAGAAAAAGGAGAAGAAGAAGAAGGAUAAAGCGGUGGCGCACAACGAACGGUGGGCUCAACGCGUGCGCGCGCGCCUGUGUGUGCCUGUGUUUACGUGUACGUGUGUCUAUGUGUCGUGCGUGUGUGUGUGUGUGUACAUCGUUUAGCUAAGUGUUUCGUGGUUGCCGUCGCCGUCGCGUCACCGUCGUCGUAGUCGUCGCGAGCGUCGUCACAAGCGUCGUCGCAAGCGUCGUCGCGAGCGUCCAAAUGUCGCGCGUCGUCCUUCGUGUGCUACAGUAAAUAGUAGUAGCAGCAGCAGCAGCAGCAGCAGUAGCGCACUAGUAAAGGUAGUAAUAUAGUGCAAACAGGGUGUAGACCCCCUUACCCCGUUCGGUAAACGAAGUAAACUCUGGUGGAAAUGGAACCCGUGGGUUCCCGUGGGCCGUGGCCGGACCGCCACCACCACCACCACCACCGCCGGGCAAGUACUUGAGCGGGGCGCGCGCGCUCGCAGAUCGCAGACAUCGGACGGACGGCAGUGUGUGCGCGUGUGCGCGUGUGUGUGUAGAUAAUAGAAGUACCGUGCGUGUGUGAGUGCUCCGUAAUUACGUCUCUCGUGGGGGGCUCCGAACCCGGCAAAGGUCCAAUCGCCCCAUCGAGCGCCUCCUCCGCUUUAGACACCCUAUCCCUACCCCCUCACUUCCCCGCCCAACUGCUGGCUGCCUCGAUGCGCUAUGGAUUACGUUUCGCCGGGCAACAUCUCGGAGGAGGACUUCCUGGCGAUCGUCGGUGGUGGUGGUGGCGGCGUUGGUGGCAGUAUCGGUGGCCCGGCCACGAACGGCUCCGCGAUGCUGCUGCUCGGCGACACGGCGCCGGCCUCGGCAUCGAUCGCCACCAUCAUGCUCAACGAGUCGCUGCUGGUGGCGGCGGCGGCCGCAGCGGCGGCCGCAGCGGCCGGUUCAGGCGCGACUCCCGGCACCACCUCCGGUGGCACCGGCACCAUCGCUGAUGCGAACCUCACGAUCGUACACGGUACCUAUCCGAGCGGUUACACCCUACCGCACAUCAUCAUCGCCUCGAUCAUCGUGACGGUGCUGAUGAUCGUGAUCGUCGUCGGUAACAUGCUGGUCAUCAUUGCGAUCGCGACCGAGAAAACGCUCAAAAACAUCCAGAACUGGUUCAUCGCGUCGCUCGCCGUCGCCGACUUCUUUCUCGGGCUCGUCAUCAUGCCGUUCUCGCUGGCCAACGAGCUGAUGGGCUACUGGAUCUUCGGUAACUGGUGGU